GUUUGUGUUGCCUGAAGUAGUAUCAGUUACCUUUACAGAGCUGAAACUUCAACCUUCACAGGAGGAUUAUGCACAGCCAGUCCAGCCGCCAGUAACUAUUCUGCACAUUUUUAUAUAGAUAUAUCUAUAAAAGUAUAUACUUCUUAAAAGAAGCAAUGAAGAAGAACGGACCCGUCAUUUGCUGUCUUUUGAUUACUGUUAUCGUAUUAAACGUCAAAGCUAGAGAUGCCGAAGCAAACGCCAAUGUGAACCUAUCCUAUUUCAGCUUCCAAAACAACAGCACUAUAUCAAAAUAUUGUGAAUGUGGCCUGUAUGGCUUAAUGUCCCCUAUGGGCAAUGCCCAGGGACUGGUGGGAAUACCUAUUUCCCCCAAUCUUCAAGGCUGCGAUAAAAACAGCAAGUUUUCCAUUACAACCAAACCUUGGAUUGCACUAAUAGAAAGAGGGAAUUGUACAUUUUCCGAGAAGAUUCUCCUAGCUGUCAGCAAAGGCGCAGAAGCUGUUGUGAUAUACAAUUCUCCUUCAAGUAAUGGCAAUCAGACCAUUCCAAUGGUGCACUAUGGGACUAAAGACACUAUUGCUAUUAUGAUUAGCAAUGAAAAAGGAAUGGAGAUUUUACAACUUGUCACGCAAGGCAUCCAGGUGACCAUGGUAAUAGAAGUGGGAAAGAAACAUGGAACCUGGAUAAACCACUAUUCCAUCUUCUUUGUGUCUGUGUCCUUCUUCGUUGUUACAGCUGCCACCGUGGGUUAUUUCAUCUUCUACUCCGCGCGCAGGUGGAGAGUGACAAGAGCUCAGAACAAGAGACAGAAAAAAUUACAAGACGAAGCAAAAAAGGCAAUCAAUCAGCUUCAGCUUCGCACCAUCAAACAAGGAGAUAAGGUGCUCGGGCCAGAUGGUGAUAGCUGUGCCGUGUGUAUCGAUACCUACAAGCCAAAUGAUGUCGUGCGCAUAUUAACCUGCAAUCACUUCUUCCAUAAGAACUGCAUUGAUCCCUGGUUACUUGAACACAGGACAUGCCCAAUGUGCAAGUGUGACAUCCUGAAAUCUCUAGGAAUUGCUGCCGAUGAAGAAGAGCAAGACACCAAUGCUGCAAUUGCUUCAGUUUCCAGUGAGCUCCAGAGAAACUCGACGCACGUAGAAGACGAGACCCGCAGUGAUAAUGCAUCCUCUGGAUACGCCUCUGUCCGAGGAGCUGAAGAGCCAGCAGAAGAUACAGGAGUAGUUUAUGACGAAAUAGACCUUGUAAACAAUGAAGUGCAUGCUACAGCAAUUGAAGUUCUCCCUCAGCUGGACAACCCAACUUUUGAAAGUGAAGAAAGCUACGUUCGUGAGAUGAAGUCAUGAUUUUUUAAUUUUUUUUAAACAAUAAAAGGCUGUACAAAUCUGUAUUUUUCCAGCCAGUCAAAUGACAUAUUUAGUCCAACUUGAAUUAGAGGUUGACCAGCAGUAAUUUUAUUCCAUUGUUAAUUUUAAAAAUAGUAAAUAUAUACCAUUAAAAACAUGGAAGUUAAA